CCCUCAGCCAGACAGUCUCCUGAGGCUGCUGACAUCACAAAGGUGUCAACUGGCCACCUCAUUGUCAUGUGGCUCUCCCCUGGCUCCCCUUCACUCGCAAACGCAGGGAAAGGGUGAGACCUUUCAAAGCUGCCAAAUGGGCAAGCUUCCAGUGGCAGUCUGGGAGCGAGUGGCAGAGCCACCAAGCUGGGCGGCAGGGCAGUGAGCCUUGCGUUUCAAUUUCUGUUCAGUUCUCCUGUAAUGGAAAAUUGCUUUGCACAAAGCUAAAGUGUUACAGUUCUUUCCAGCGCCCCUCCCCCGCAGCAACCCCCACCGGCAGCCUUCGGAUCAGAGGGACAGAGCCCGCAGGAAGGUGGAAGGAGGGUGGUUGUGGCUUCUUACUAUGUCCCUUGCUUCAGGCCCUGGCCCCGGGUGGUUACUCUUUUCCUUUGGAAUGGGGCUGGUAUCAGGGUCAAAGUGUCCAAAUAAUUGUCUGUGUCAAGCCCAAGAAGUAAUCUGCACAGGGAGACAGUUAACCGAAUACCCCCUUGACAUACCCCUGAACGCCCGGAGGCUGUUCCUGAACGAGAACAGAAUCACUAGUUUGCCAGCAAUGCAUCUAGGACUCCUCAGUGACCUUGUUUAUUUGGACUGUCAGAACAACCGGAUUCGAGAGGUGAUGGAUUACACCUUCAUCGGGGUCUUCAAACUCAUCUACCUUGACCUCAGCUCCAACAACCUGACCUCGAUCUCCCCAUUCACUUUCUCGGUGCUCAGCAACCUGGUGCAGCUGAACAUUGCCAACAACCCUCACCUGUUAUCGCUUCACAAGUUCACCUUUGCCAACACCACCUCUUUGAGGUACCUGGACCUCAGAAAUACCGGCUUGCAGACCCUGGACAGUGAUGCCUUCCACCACCUCCCUGUUCUCGAGACCCUGUUUCUGAGUGGAAACCCCUGGAAGUGCAACUGCUCUUUCCUGGACUUCGCCAUCUUCUUAAUAGUGUCCCAUAUGGACCCCUCAGAUGAUCUAAAUGCCACAUGUGUGGAGCCCACAGAGCUGACAGGGUGGCCCAUCACACGAGUGGGGAACCCACUCCGGUACAUGUGCGUCACGCACCUGGACCUCAAAGACUACAUCUUCCUGCUGCUCAUCGGCUUCUGUAUCUUCGCCGCGGGAACUGUGGCCGCCUGGCUCACAGGUGUGUGUGCUGUGCUCUGCCAGAACACCCGCCGCAAGUCUAGCGAAGAGGACGAGGAUGAGGCCGGGACUAGGAUGGAAGUCAGCAGGCGGAUUUUUCAAACCCAGACGACCUCAUCCCAGGAGUUCCCUAAGCUUAUUUAGUUGCCUGAGACUACCAUCUUAUGUGCCUCCCCCAGGCUCCCUGCUUUCUCUCUUGCCUUCCCCAUCCCACCACCUUGGAGCUGUCAUAGACAUUGAAACCUACUAGUAAAAUGAAUAAAAUCUCUGGUGGCCAGUU